AUGGAGGCCGUGCGGCAAAUCCUCGACCGCGUGCUCAGCCUCUCCCAGAGCCUAGGGGGCCUAGCAGCGCCUCUGUCCGGCUGCCUCCACAUCGUGAAGGGGGCGCUCGACCUGUGCUUAUCGCUCAGAGAGCAGAACAAAGGUAUCAAGGCGCUCGCAGCCAACCUCCCGGGCGUUGCGAGGGUCCUUGGUGACCUCGCUUGCACCGAUGGCAUCCACGAGAGCGACUCGCUGGCGGAGGCUCUGAAGACCCUGGAGGAAGCCCUGAACUCCUGCUACAAGCUGCUCCAGGAAUGGGAGCGCACGGGCAAGGUCAAGAAGGCAGUGUUCGUGAAGAGCUGGGAGCUGCAGCUGGCGGGCGCCACAGGUCAGGUGUCGUUCGCGCUGGAGCUGAUCUCCGCGAGCGGCGUCGGCCUGGCGCAGGAGACGCGCGCCGAGGUCAUGCGGAUGCGGAAGGACCUGCUGUGCGUCGUCAGCGGUAUGGAGCAGCUGCUGAGUGCCGCGUGCCACAACAGCCAGCAGCUGGACGUGCUGGUGGGGCAGGUGGCGCGGCUGCAAGCGAGGUCUGGGGGCAUGAGCGAGGAGCAGGUGGCGGCGCUUGCGGCUGAGCUGCGGUUCACGUUGCCCAACGAUGUCGAGCGCAUCAUGGAGCGUCAUUUGACGAAGCGCUCGCCCGUCGCGAGGCCGCCGGCGAACGGCGCCGCCAGCCGCGAGGACAUAUCCGAGGACGAGCGCGUCGCGCAGCUCCAGAACAUGGGCUUCUCGCGGCUCGACGCGGAGGACGCGGUGGAGUUGCAUGGCGGGAACCUGGACGCGGCGGCGGACUGGAUCCUGUCGGGUGGGCCGCAGAGGCUGGCGCAGGGGGGCGCGUUGCACACGCAUGCGACGGCGUGGGUGGGGGACGCGGCGGUUCUGGGCGCAGGCCCCCAAACGCACCCCGCGCUCGCGCAGCCGGGGAAUCGGGGCUGGCAAGACCAUGGAUCUAUUCGCGACGACACGGUCGCGAAGCUGCGGAACAUGGGCUUCCCGUUGCUGGACGCGGAGCGCGCCGUUGAGCGCUUUGGUGCAGACCUGGACACGGCGGUGGGCUGGAUCCUGUCGGGCGGCCCGCAGGAGGCGCAAGGGGGCGAGAGCGGGGCGCAGGCGGCGGGGCGUGAGCAGCAGCCCAGCGACGCGGAGGUGACGCAUGACUCGGGCGACAGUGACGGUGAAUCUGUGGUGUCGGUCGAGGGGGCGUUGGUGGCGGGCGGAGAGACGGGGACAUGGCUGAGGCUCGAGUUCGGCGCCUUGUCGUGCGACCCGGGUAGUGACCAAAUGGAGCAACCCUACAUGCGUAUUUUCCUGCUGAACGGGGAGGGGGGUUAUAUUAGCAGGACGCCGAAGCGCACUCCGGCCGCCGCUGAACGUGUCGACGACGGCGAGUGGCGCCUCGACCACGCCGUCGCCCUGAACAUUUCCCUGCGCAGCCUGUCCGGCAUGCCGGGUGCGGUGGUGCUGCUCGAGGUGAUGCAUCUCAAGCAGCGCAGGUCGAAGGGACAGAAGGAGUCGCUGCGCGCGUGGACUUUCGUCCGUGUCCAGGACGUACUGCGGGCGCUCCUCUCUGGGGAGGAGUACGAGGUACAACAUGGAACAAUGGACCUGGCGUUGUACCGGAAGCCGUCGGACCCGAAGCUGCAGAGGCUGCACCGCAUGUCGACGAAGAAGUACGCGAACAAGCUGACCCUGUGUGUUGGCGUAGACGGCAGCUCUUGA